AUGCAGUGCUUCCGAAGGCAGCCCAAGCGCAGCGUGUCCCAGGAAAACAUGCUACGGGAGCAGAGCCGUAGAGUGGCCGCGUUGAACGGCAUCAGGCUGGGCCUGAAAGAUGACAAGGAUCUGAAGUUCCUCCUGAAAGGUAGCCAGCUGCUGAAAGUGAAGUCAGGCUCUUGGAGAAAGGAGCGGUUUUAUAAGCUCCAGGAGGACUGCAAAACCAUAUGGCAGGAAUCGAAGAAGAUGCUGAGGUCUCCAGAGUCACAGAUCUUCUCCAUUGAAGAUAUUCGGGAUGUGAGAUCAGGCCAUAAAACAGAAGGUAUGGAAAAAUACGCCAAGGAUGUCCCAGAGUAUCGCUGCUUUUCCAUCAUUUUCAAAGACCAGCGGAAAAACCUGGACCUCAUUGCAAGUUCAGAGGAUGAUGCCAACCACUGGAUCUCCGGCCUUGGGAAAAUCAUAGCCCACAGCAACUCCAUGAACCAGAAACAGAAACUCCAACACUGGAUUCAUACCUGCCUGCGGAAAGCUGAUAAAAACAAAGACAACAAGAUGAGCUUGAAAGAGCUCAAGAACUUCCUGAAAGAAGUGAACAUUGAAGUUGAUGACUAUCAUGCCAAGAAGAUUUUCCAGCACUGUGACAAGUCCAAAACAGAGGCUCUGGAGGAUGAUGAGAUAGAGGAGUUUUACAAGAUACUGACAGAGAGGAAGGAAAUAGACAAGAUCUUCCAAAAGUACUCGGAUGCAGAAGGGUUCAUGUCUUGCCAGAACCUGGUGAGGUUCCUCUAUGAGACGCAGCAAGAAGAAGAUGCUGUUGUUGCUGCCCCUGCCUUAAUUCAGAGAUAUGAGCCCAAUGAAAGAGCCAAAAGGGGUAACGCCAUGACCAAAGAUGGUUUCUUGAUGUACCUACUCUCCGAUGAUGGGAAUAUAUUCAACUCCUCCCACCGUAAAGUUUACCAGGACAUGACUCAACCUCUCAGUCACUACUUGGUGUCAUCCUCACAUAAUACUUAUCUUAUGGAAGACCAGCUCACAGGUCCAAGCAGCACAGAAGCCUAUAUCAGAGCCCUCACCAAAGGCUGCCGCUGUGUGGAACUGGAUUGCUGGGAUGGCCCCAACUCGGAGCCCGUCAUUUAUCAUGGCUACACUCUCACCUCCAAGAUCCUCUUCAGUGAUGUCAUUAAGGCCAUCAAGAACUAUGCUUUCAAAACCUCGCCGUACCCUGUCAUCAUCUCCCUGGAGAACCACUGCAGUGUCGACCAGCAGAAGGUCAUGGCUCAGCACAUGACGACAAUCCUGCAGGACAUGCUCUUGGUUGCCCCAGUUGAUGGAAACAAAUCCCAGUUUCCCUCCCCAGAGCAACUGAAAGGGAAGAUCCUUGUGAAAGGCAAGAAGCUGAGCAGGCAGGAGGAUCUCACCGGAACAAAUGGGAACAACAACCUGGAGGCUGAGGAUGUCUCUGAUGAAGAUGAAGCAGCUGAAAUUGAAGACGAAUCUGUAAAGACUGAGAUACAGCAGAAGGGGAAGAGUGACACCUUGAAGCUGGCCAAGGAGCUGUCAGACACAGUUGUCUACUGUAAGAGCAUCCAUUUCAAUGGCUUUGAGGACCCCAGCCAUCCUCGGGCUUUCUACGAGAUGUCAUCAUUCACAGAGAGCAAAGCUCUGAAACUAGCCCAGGAGUCUGGAACCAGUUUUAUUCAUCACAACAUCAGGCACCUGAGCCGGAUCUACCCUGCAGGCUGGAGGACAGAUUCUUCCAACUACAACCCCAUCGACUUGUGGAACGUUGGCUGCCAGAUCGUUGCCCUAAAUUUCCAGACAGCAGGCACAGAAAUGGAUGUCUACCAGGGUCGGUUCCAGGACAAUGGGUUCUCUGGGUAUGUCUUAAAGCCGGAAUUCCUCCGGGAUGAGCAAACCAAAUUCAAUCCAAAAUCCAUCACAGAAGGAACAUGGGGGACAAAGAAGAAACUUCUGCUUAAAAUCAUCUCUGGUCAGCAGCUGCCCAAGGUGAACAAAAGCAAAAACUCCAUUGUUGAUCCUAAGGUAACGGUAGAGAUCCACGGCAUCCAACAGGAUAACAACAAGAAGCAAACCAAAGUCAUUGAAAACAAUGGCUUUAACCCAAAGUGGGACGAAGAGUUUACAUUUGACAUAGAGAUCCCUGCACUUGCCCUGGUCCGGUUUGUGGUGGAAGACUUUGAUAUGUCGACCAAGAAUGACUUCAUUGGGCAGUACACCCUUCCCUUCACUAGCCUGAAGCAAGGUUACCGCCACAUCCAUCUUCUGACCAAGAAUGGAGACCCGUAUUCCUCCUCCACCCUCUUUGUGUACAUCAAUAUCCAGGACUGCGAUUAGCAGCUCAGCUCUUUCAGGGCACAGUGAACCUCGUUAGAGACCUAGAAGGAAUUCAGUGUGAGAAGUCUGCUAAUAUCAGGGUCCCCUCAAAUCCCCAGUGCCUUCUCUUGGAGCAGCACACAGUGUUCCAUGGGACCCCUGAUGUGAAAUAACCAUCAGCCCUUCUCCAUUCUGCGUGCUGGAAACAUCCCAAUGCUGCUGUUGACAUUAAUCCUUUUGUACCUGUUUGACCAAUCCACCUGGGUUUUUAGUUCACUUUAUUUAGUGUGAUUUUUUAAUUCUGCUUUUAGCGAGAGGAUAGGGACUCCUUUUUAGC